UCUCUCUCUCUCUCUGAGAGUUAGAGUGGGUCCCAUCCGCUCUUCAGUCCCGGUAAAAGUCCUCUCCCCCCGUGUCGGUUAAAUGUAGACGACCUGAUUUUCCGGAUUCAAGGUUAACUGCCGUUUUGUGAAAACAACAAAACCAACCCCGCCUUGAGUAUUCGGUUUGCUCUUCACUGUUCGGACUCGUCAAAUCUCAGGGGGUUAAAGAUGGAGAAAGACAUGGUGGAGAUGUGGGAGAACGUGGAUUGCAAACGUUUUGACCUGUGCCGCAUCAUUUCCCCUGCAAAAGUCACCCCCUACCUCCGCCAGUGCAAAGUCCUGGAUGAAGAGGAUGAGGACGAGGUCCUCAACUCCAGGCUGCUCAUCUCCAAAUCAAACCGUGCAAGCCGUCUACUUGACAUCCUCCGCACCAAAGGAGAGCGCGGAUAUGUGGUCUUUCUGGAGAGUUUGGAGUUCUACUACCCUGAUCUGUACAAGAUGGUUACAGGGAAGGAACCCACCCGACGUUUCUCCACCAUCGUAGUGGAGGAAGGUCACGAAGGUCUGACCCAGUUCCUGAUGAAUGAAGUGAUGAAGCUGCAACAGCAGUUCAAAGCAAAGACCUUGCAACAGGUCGAGCUCAGCAGGAAGAACUGUACUCUGGAGGACGAGCAGAAGAAGCUCCGGCUGGUCAAUCAAGAGCUGCUGGCUUGCCAACAGAGGUACAAUAAGUUAAAGGAGGAAAGAAAUACCUACAGUGAUGAGCUUCUGAGAGUAAAAGAUGAAAACUACAAACUGGCCAUGAGAUACGCCACGCUGAGCGAGGAGAAGAACAUGGCGGUGAUGAGGAGCCGAGACCUGCAGCUGGAGAUUGAUCAGCUGAAGCACAGACUGAACAAGGUAGAGGAGGAGUGUAAGAUGGAGAGAAAGCAGAGUCUCAAGCUGAAGAACGACAUCGAGAACCGGCCAAAGAGAGAGCAGAUCUUUGAGCUGGAAAGAGAGAACGAAAUCCUCAAGAUCAAACUGCAGGAACUGCAGUCCAUCAUACAACCUGGGCCACUACCUGAAUCAGACAAGGCCAUCCUCGACAUUCUGGAGCACGACAGACAAGAAGCGCUAGACGACAGACAGGAUCUUGUGAACCGCUUGUACAACCUCCAUGAAGAAGUCAGACAAGCAGAGGAAUUUCGAGAUAAGUAUCUGAACGAGAAGGAGGAUUUGGAGCUGAAGUGCUCCACACUGCAGAAGGACUGUGAGAUGUAUCGCAAUCGCAUGGACACCCUCAGCAUCCAGCUGGAGGAGGUGGAGAAGGAGAGGGACCAGGCGUUUCGGGCACGAGACGAUGCCCAGCACCAAUUCUCCCAGAGUCUCAUCGACAAAGACAAAUAUCGUAAACAGAUUCGAGAGUUAGAGGAGAGGAGUGAUGAGCUUAAGAUAGAACUUGUCCGCAAAGAGGCCAAGCUAGUCGCACAGGAGUCCCGCCUCCGACGGCUCUCGAAAGACAUUGUCUUGGACCAGUAUGGGAGUCUACCAAGAGAUCUGCCUUUGACCAUCAUCUCUCAAGGGGAGGAGUUAAAACCAACCCCUGGCCAAUCAGAAUGGUCCAGUGAUGAGUCACCUGAGGAUAAGCACUUAAAUGAAGAACCUCGCCUCAAGCGUAGACCCAACAUUAAAGGAGUGUUCAGAGUGAAGUCUCCACUAAAGGACCUCCAAGCUGAACCAGAGGCUGUUCAACCUGCAGUCAACGGAGGAGACUGUCUUGAGAUCCACAUGUCGAACUCGCACGUCAACAGCAACUCCCUCCCUCCCUCUCCAAGCUUCAUGAUGUCCCCAACGUAUCCAACCACCUCUGCUCUCCCUCUCUCCUCCUCCUUCCCCUCAACCCCGAUCCCAGUUCACUUCCCCAUCAUGGAGCAGCCAAACAGACCUAACAUGCUGCGUUACCGCCAUGACAGCAUCAUGUCCACGCUCCCUGAGCCGCCAGAUAAAUCGUCGCUUUACCGCCGAGAGAGGGAGAAAGAAAAUGAAUUCCAUCCACGCAGCCUCUCAGACUUUGAUAGCGACACCAUGGAAACAGAGUUUGAGGAUGAGGUACAGCGAGGUCCACCCUCUGUCCACUCAUCUUCCUCGUCCUAUCAGUCAGAAAGUAUGGACACGUACGACUUUGAGCAAGUCAACAACAUCUUCAGGAAAUUCUCCCUGGAGAGACCCUUUCGUCCAUCUUUGUCCUCCUUCUCGAGGAUCAGCUCCUCCCUGAAACCCGUGCAGGAGCUGUCAUUGCAAGGUGACAACCUGAUGAAGGACAUCACUUUGGUGGGGGGAAAUGAGAGCGGGAUUUUCAUCUCAACGGUGCAGUCUGGCUCCAUCGCUGAGAAAGCUGGGCUACGAGAGGGCCACCACCUCCUGUUGCUCGAGGGAUGCAUCCGUGGGGAGAACCAAAGCGUUUCAUUGGACACCAGCACGCAGGAAGAAGCCCACUGGACACUGCAGCACUGCUCUGGACCAGUCAGGCUGCACUUUAGAGCAAACUAUGACACUUACCGUCGUCUUCAGAGUGACCUUGCAGAAGGCACACUGGCUUCCGGCGACUCUUUCUACAUCCGGGUCAACCUAAACAUUUCAGGCCAAUCAGACAACUGCUCUCUGAGCGUACGUUGUGAUGAGGUGGUGCACGUGCUGGACACAUGGCACCAGGACCGCUGUGAGUGGAUGUGCGCUCGUGUCGACCCCUACAGUGGCUUGGACCUGGCUGAACGUGGAACCAUACCCAGCAACUCACGAGCCCAGCAGCUGCUCCUUGUGAAGAUUCAGAGGUUGUUGUGUCGAGGGGGAAAAGAAGAAAAUGAAGUCUACCGCAACAGCAGGAUCAGCUUGCAGCCAGAAGAAGCCAGCACCUCACCUGACCCAAAAGCAAGCCCUCGACUCUCCAGAGCUAGCAUCUUCCUCACUCAAAUUCUCCAGUUUGUCAGCAGGGUGGAUAUCAAGUACAAACGAAUGAACAGCAGUGAGCGUGUGAGGAUCAUCAACUCAAGCGGCACAACGCUUCAGCGACAGGGCUUUGAGAUGUUUUUGAAACCAGAAGAUGCUGCUGACCCGGACAGUGAUCUAAGCAGGAGUUUGAACCUGAUUCCCUACAGUACCGUCACCCUCCAGCGGACCCAAAGGAAAAGACCAGUCCUUUUCACUCCCACUGCUCUGGCCAAAACCAUUAUCCAGAAAAUUCUCAACAUGGGGGGAGCCAUGGACUAUAAUAUCUGUAAACCAGACACUUUGUCCAAAGAGGAAUUUCAUCUGAAACAGAGUCUGGAGCCUUUCAUUCACUACAAAGAAAAACAGGCUACAUUUGAAUGCAUCACUCGAGAAAACAUAGAAGCUGUUGCUGCUAAGGGCAAACACUGCCUGCUGGAGGCUGAGCUGAGCUGCGUCAAAGACUUGCUGCGGAGAGAAAUCUACCCAAUAAUCAUCUACAUCAAGAUCUGUGAGAAGAACGUCAGAAAGUUACGGAGGCUGCCUCUACGUGUGGAGUCCGAGGAUGAGUUUGUGAAAUCGUGUCGAGCAAAGGAGAAGGAGCUUGAGGGCAUCCCCUGCCUCUACGCCAGCCUGGAACCCGAGGCCUGGGCGGGAACCGAUGACCUCAUCAGGAUCAUUAAAGACCGAAUAAUGGACGAGCAGAAGAAGUCGGUGUGGGUGGAGCAGGACCUCCUGUAGAUGCACAUCUUCUGUACAUUAAAAACAUAACCUGAGUCCUCAUUAAAAUGUAUAUUUACAAGCAAAUGAGUGGUUUCCUUUGAGUGACCACACUGAAAACAUCAAAAAGUUACAUUACUAAAUUGAACGAGGAUCAAAGUGCCCUCCUUUUUGCUUCAGUUUCAUUCUCUUAGCAGUGUUCGCUUUGAUUACACUGCCAUCUAGUGCUAAGACUUAUUAAGACUCAAAUCCAACUCAAUGACAAGCUUUGACAAGCAGAUAAGUGAAAUAAAGCAUCAAAACUGAGUAUUUAAUAUCUUUGAAACAUAUUGUAAUCUUUCUCUUUUGUGGUGAACAGCUGUAAGCACAAAUAUUUCAAGGGUCACAUUAGUGUUUUUCAUUAGGUCAAACAGCCUAAUGGGUAUUAAAAUCAGUCCAUCUUAACCUUUUCCUGUUCUUAUAUUUAAAUAAAUAUCUUCUUGU